AUGCUGGAUAAAUGGAUCAAACAUCUUCAAUUGCAGGCCCAUCCGGAAGGUGGAUACUACAAAGAAACCGGACGCUCAGAGCAACUCAUCAAGUCCGGAACAGGCUUGGACGUCCCACUCUACACCAACAUCCUCUUUCUCUUGGAGGAUAAGAAUCCAUCUCGAUUCCAUCAACUCCAUUCCAAUGAAGUAUGGUACUUCCAUGAUGGAAAACCACUCACGGUUCAUUGCAUCUACCCAGAUGGAACGUACAAGGCAGUCCGUUUAGGCAAGAACCCGGAAACGGACUUGUUACAAUUUGAGGUGCCUAAGGGUGUGAUUUUCGGCCUGUCGGUAGAUGAAGAUUGGGCUCUUGUCAGUUGCAUGGUUUCACCGGGGUUUGAUUUCCGUGAGUUUUAUCUCUUCGAAGAGGAGGAGCUUCUUGAGAAGUUUCCACAGCAUGCGGAGAUUAUUAAGAAGUUGACAUAA